GGUUACUCUCCCUCUCUUCUCUCCCCUUACGCCUCCACGUUCACCCCCUCCCUUUUUCUCUACGGACCCAAAAAAAAAAAAGCCUCUCUCUCCCAAGCCUGCUCCUCCAUCUUCUUCGAUCCCGAUCAUUCCGGAGCCCGAUUCUCCAUCGGCGGUGCAGGGGUGGGUGAAGGUGAAGGAUAGCAGUUGCAAGCCAUCCCAAUCCAUUCUAACUGAUGGCCACCCUCCCAUUCUUCCUCCUGCUAACACUCUCUGCCCUGCUGCCCGCCUCCCACGGCCGCGGCGACAUCGCCGUAUACUGGGGCCAGGACAGCCGCGAGGGCACCCUCGCCGAAGCGUGCGCCACCGGUCUCUACUCCUACGUGAUGAUCGCCUUCCUCAACGUCUUCGGUGCCGGCCGGACCCCCGCCCUCAACCUCGCCGGCCACUGCGACGCUUCCUACCCCGGCAGCUGCGCCUUUAUCGGCGGCCAUGUCAAAGCCUGCCAGAGCAGGAACGUCAAAGUCUUCCUCGCCCUCGGCGGCGCUGUCGGCAGCUACUCCCUUUCGUCCUCCGAGGACGCGCAGGGCGUCGCUGACUACCUGUGGAACAGCUUCCUCGGCGGGUCGUCGGGCUCCCGACCCUUCGGCAAUGCCGCCGUCCUCGACGGCAUCGACCUCGCCAUCGUGAUGGGGAAACCUGACCACUACGACAACCUGGCGAAGCACCUGAACCAGCACUUCUCGACGUCGACGUCGAAGUACUAUCUCUCCGCGGCGCCGCAGUGCCCGUACCCGGACAAACUUCUCGGGUCAGCGCUCAACACCGGGCUGUUCCAGUUCGCGUGGGUGCAGUUCUACAACAACCCGCCGUGCGAGUACUCGGCACGCAACGUCCAGGAGUUCAAGAGUGCGUGGAUCGAGUGGUCGAGCUCGAACCACAUCGACGCCGUGUACCUGGGACUCCCAGCGGCCCCCAAUGCCUCCGGCAGCGGGUACGUUCCGCCUGCCAAGCUCGUCAACGACGUGCUCCCCAUAGUGCAGGGGGCGUCCAGGUACGGCGGGAUCAUGCUGUGGAGUAGGUACUUCGACAUCAUCAAUAACUACAGCAGCAACAUCCACAAGUAUGUAGCUACAGAAUUUAGCUCUUUCGCAGAAUAGUUUGUUAGUACGUACUUCACUGAGACCGAAGUUCGAUUAGUGCGUACUUCACUGGUUAAGUAGGUUGUGUUUGCUGAAUGCUUUUGAAUAAGGGAGUUCGCUGCGUACUCGUCCGCUGUUGUGUGUGAAUCGUGCAUGUCAAAACUUCAGCUCUGUGCGAGGGCCUGGAUUUGGCCCUAAUUACGUAUCGAAGGCUUGGAGCGUGUACAUGUCUAUUGCGAACUACAUAUGAACGCACGGUUUGUGUUGAGAACGUUACUUUUA